AUGCGCGAAGACGGCGGCCGGGGGAGGUCCGAUUCGCUCUCCAUUCGACCAAUAGUGGUUGGGAAGAGUGAGGUCGUCCGUUUGUCGCGCGAGAAUUUAACCUUCUGACGGGUAACAGUAUGAUGGAAAUGGAGGCAGAAGCUGUAAGAAACAAAGGCAUGGAGGAAGAAACUACUGAACAAAGAAAGGAACGAGAAAAAAAGAAAAGGUCUAGAGUUAAACAAGUGCUUUCGGAUAUAGUAAAGCAAGUGGACUUCUGGUUCGGUGAUGUAAAUCUUCACAAGGACAGAUUUCUUCGAGAACAAAUUGAAAAAUCUAGAGAUGGAUAUGUUGACAUAUCACUUCUGGUUUCUUUUAACAAAAUGAAAAAAUUAACAACUGAUAGAAAACUGAUUGCACGAGCAGUUAAAAGUUCAUCUGUGGUAGAGUUGGAUCUAGAAGGCACUAGGCUAAGAAGACGGCAACCACUGGGUGAAGAACCAAAAGAUGUUGAUAAUCGUACAGUGUAUGUGGAAUUGCUUCCUAAAAAUGUCAACCACAGUUGGAUUGAACGUGUAUUUGGGAAAUGUGGCAAUGUAGUUUAUAUCAGCAUUCCUCGUUAUAAGACGACAAGGGACCCAAAAGGAUUUGCAUUUGUUGAAUUUGAAACAAAGGAGCAAGCAGAAAAGGCAAUUGAGUUCUUGAAUAAUCCACCAGAAGAUGCACCAAGAAAACCUGGUAUGUUCCCCAAAACAGUAAAAAAUAAACCUGUUCCCACGUUGCCUGAAAGUGAUGCCAGUAUAGUUGAAGAAAAGAAGAAAAAGAAAAAGAAGAAAUCCAAAACAAAGAAGGAAAGCAGUCAACAAUCAACUACAGAACCAAAAGACUUAAAUAUGGACAUCACUGCAGAACCCUCAAGCAGGUCAAAGAGACGCAGAACAGUGUCAGAGAACUCUGAAAUGGAAUUAACAGAAGUCCAAAGACAGUCUUCAAAGAAAGAGAAAAAAAAGCUUGAUAGAACAGAAAGUUCAAGUUUAGGAGAAAGUAAACCAGGAAAAAGGAAGCGAAGCCAUUCUGGAGAUGCUGAAGUACCAGUUGUGAAAGCAAAGAAAACUUAUCAGAAAGAUACUGUUCAUUCUACAAAAGAGGAAUCAACAGAAGGGCCAGAGGAUUCCAAAGAAAUUUUUACUGAAGAAGAAAGAGAUGUUGGGGAUAAAAAAGAUACAUCUCUUUCAAAAUCUAAAAGGAAACAUAAGAAAAAACAUAAAGAAAGACACAAGAUGGGAGAAGAGGUUAUUCCACUGAGAGUUCUCUCAAAAAAUGAAUGGAUGCAGCUGAAGCAAGAGUAUUUGACCCUACAGAAAGCCAGCAUGUCAUCUUUGAAAAAAGCAAUGGCUGAGACAAAAGCUGAAGCAGUUGAAAAAAUGGAACCAGAUGCCUGCAUGCCAAACCAGCCCACACCAAGAAAUGGCAAAUGUCUAAGUGAAGGUUCAGCCCCUGCUGAGAAGGUUCACAAAAUGGGGCCUCAGUUUGAGAGUGGAGUUAUUGUGAAGAUAAUUAGUGCAGAGCCUUUGCCUGGUAGGAAGCACAUUAAGGACAUGCUAACAACACUGGCUAGUGUUGCUUAUGUUGACUUGCUGGAAGGAGAUACAGAAUGUCAUGUGCGGCUUAAAACACCCGAAGAUGCAAAAACUCUAAUAAAGGCACAUAAAGAUCUCCAGACUAAAAGUAACUGGAAAUUUGAGAUUCUUUCAGGUGAUCAUGAACAGCGAUAUUGGCAGAAGAUCUUGGUGGACCGGCAAGUUAAACUUAAUCAGCCACGAGAAAAGAAGCGGGGAACUGAAAAGGUAACAUGGGCACUGCGGGUCUUAUUGGAUAUGACUAUGAGAGUCUAAUGGAGCGAUCAGAAUUUUAAUAUGGAUAGGAUCCCAACUCAACGUCAUUUUAACAGGAGAUACUUAGAGCACUAGAGAGCCAGCAUGGCAUAGUGGUUUGAGUGUUGGAUUGCUACUCUGGAGACCAGAGUUCAAUUCCUUGCUUGACCAUGAAACCCACUGGGUGACCUUGGGCAAGUCACUUGCUCUCAGCCAUGAAACCUCUAUGAAGUCUGAAACUACUUGAAGGCACAAACCAACAACAAAUGUGGAUUACAGCGGGCUGGAAAUUCUGAGAUGUUGUUUCCAGUCAGAAUAGUCUGAACUGGGCUCAGUGAAUUAGUAUGGCUCAGUAUAAAGCAGUUUCAUGUUUUGGGGGUACAGGGAAGGUUGUAAUUUUGGGAUGGAGCAUUGCCUUGCAUAUCUUAAAUAUCCACUUCUAGAAUCAUUGGUAGCCCUUUAUAAAAUAUGGUGAAAUACAAAUCAGUUUGAUACAGGACAAUAAUUGUUAAGAUGUGUAGACAACUGUUGGUUUGAUUCAGUAUAAAGUAGCAUUAACCAGUUGCAACAUAAUCUGUUCAGUUCUCUGCAACAAAAUCUACAUGAGUGGCUGUGAAAAAGCUUGUGUUUUGAUCUAUAAUAAAAUAAAAUAAUAAUAAAAUUUAUUUGUAUCCCGCCCCUCUGAGAACAAUCGA